AUCAAACUUAUAUCAUAAGAAAAUGAUAAAUUCAUGUCGGUCAUGUAGUUGGUUUUGUCGUUUAAGUGGGUAUGAUAUGCCCUAUUGGCAUUGCCCUUGCCUUACACGAGCUUGCUCAUGUGCUUAAAGGGAAGAACCACUCACUAGAGUCACUACAAAUUAGGAGGUCUAUUUUCGUAAUUUCACAUUUUGUUUUGUUUUUCCACCUACUAAAAAUGUGUUUUUAUUAGAAUUUAUUGGAAUUUGGAUCUCACUAUUUUUAGAUAUUUGGAAAUUAUUUUCUUCAUUUUCAGACAACUUUUCCAUAUUUAUAGUAGCAGCACACUGCUAGUGAGUGAGUCAAAUCUUUUUAGUAUAGCACCCAAUUUGAACUAAUUAAACCCAGAUUUUACAAAAAUUCUUGAUUAAACCCAGAUUUAGCAAAUCAAUUUUGACUUCAGUUUUGUUUACACUCAGAUUUUGCAAAAAUUCUUGAUUUUUUUAAACUGUAGAAUUAAUUAAAAAAAAAUCAGAAAAAAUGCAGGGUGGUCAAAUGAUGCUUGAAGAGCCUGUUCGUCUCUCCUCUGUUCUUACUCCCACUAAAUCGGAUUUUUCUCCAUCGUUGACAAAAAUUAUGGUAACUUUAGGACCAAAGUCUCGUUCUGUCGAGACUAUUGAGGCUUGUCUAACAGCAGGAAUGUCAGUUGCACGAUUUGACUUCUCUUGCUUUGACUCUGAUUACCAUCAAGAGACCAUUGACAAUUUGAGGGCUGGUGCUAGAAAAGCUAAAAAGCUGUGUGCUGUUAUGCUAGAUACCGUGGGUCCUGAAAUCCUAGUUUCUAAUAAAACUGGUAAUCCUAUUGAGCUGAAAGCUGAUAAUUUUGUGACGAUCACUCCGGAUACCACUAAAGAGCCAUCAUCAGAAGUUUUGCCAAUCAACUAUGUGGGAUUUGCAAAGGAAGUGAAGAAAGGUGAUACUGUUUUUCUUGGGCAAUAUCUCUUCACGGGAAGUGAAACCUCAUCCGUAUGGCUAGAGGUAUCAGAGACAAAGGGUGCAGAUAUCAUCUGUCAAAUAAAAAAUAGUGCAACAUUGACAGGAUUAAACUUCAAUUUGCACAUUUCGGGUGUUCAGGCCGAUUCAUCUACUCUAACUGAUAUUGAUAAACAGAUUAUUUCCACUUGGGGCUCUCACAAUAAGGUUGAUAUUAUUUCCUUGCACUACACCCGCCAUGCGGAUGAUGUCCGAGAGGUCAGAGCAUUCCUUGCAGCUCAUAAUCUCCAAGAUACCCAAAUAUAUGCUAAAGUUGAAACAGUGGAGGGAUUGAAGCAUUUCGAUGAGAUCCUAAAAGAAUCAGAUGGUGUGAUCCUUGCUCGGGGAAAUUUAGGAGUUGACCUUCCUCCAGAGAAGGUUUUCUUGUUUCAAAAAUCUGCUGCAUAUAGGUGUAACAUGGCUGGGAAGCCUCUUAUUAUCACCAGAGUAGUGGAUAGUAUGUUCGGAAAUCUGAGACCAACUCGAGCAGAAGCAACAGAUGUUGCCAAUGCUGUGUUAGAUGGUGCUGAUGGCAUUUUGUUAGGUGGAGAGACUUUUGGUGGCUUAUAUCCCAUUGAAGCUAUAAAAACUGUUAGGAAAAUUUGUUCUGAAGCUGAAUAUGUAUACAACCAAGAAUUAAAUUUCAAGCGUAUUGUCAACUACGCUGGAGAACCUCUGUCUCAUGCUGAAUCUGUUGCUUCAUCAGCGGUACGGGUUGCUAUCAAAGUACAUGCAGCUAUGAUUGCUGUGUUCACCUCAUCUGGGGCAGCAGCAAGGUUGAUUUCUAAAUAUAGACCAUCUAUUCCUAUCUUUGCAAUUGUCACUCCUCUUGUGAAGUCAAAUACUAUAAAAUGGAGUGUCACUGGUUCAAUGCAGGCACGACAGUUGCUUGGUGUACGUGGAGUUUUUCCUCUCCUAGCAAGCGCUGAAGCUGCCAACAUAGGGGUUGUCAAUGCAGAGUCAGUGAUGAAGCUCGUUUUUCAUCACGGCAAAACCAUGGGACUACUGAGACCCAAGGACAAAGUGGUUGUCUUUCAGAAGAUUGGGGAUUCGUCAGUUGUUGAGAUUGUCGAGUUUGAUGACUAAUAGCAACAACCUUAUGCCGCGCUGUUCUUAGAUUUCAGUUUUCAUCUUGUGAUUGCUUGGAUUGUUCAUUAGACACACUACAACCCAAGCAUUUGAAUUUAAAUUUUAAGGUUGAUAGCUUGUGCUUUGACAUUCAAGUAUAGGAAUAAUCAAGCUUAGAUUGUUAGGAAAAGAACGUGUUUGUUUAAAAUGUAAAGCUACCACAUUGUUUAGCUUAUAUAUAUACGUGUUCUUUUCACAAUCAAUAAAAAGGAAUUGGUAUCUUUGACUCAAUACA